UGACUACCUUGCAUUCCACAGCCUAAAUCCAGGACGCGCCGACUCAGGCACCCACAUUGCUCGGUAACCGUGGAAGCCGAGAUCGAGCUGUUCUGGCUUACAGCAAUACACCGCCUUCGCCCCAGUCGCGCAGUCAGUUGUUCUUGUCAACACCUCUCACAGCUGGAAAAUCAGAUACACGAUGCCAAUUUUUAAUCCUUUAGCCGGCGUCACGGCGUCGGUGCUCAGCACCAUCACAUCGCAAACGUGGGGACCGCUAGUAUCGUUAUGCAAGAACGGAACGCUCGCGCAAUUGCAUGAGAUUAAGAUUGGAAAGCUGGUGCUCUUUGAAGGCGGUUCCAGCAAAGCUUCUGCGGUUUUUGGCUCCGACAAGGAAGGCUUACCGGUCGCAUUCUUGGAUGUUCACAAUGAGAAGUUUUGGGUGCGAUUGGCGCUUUUCGCAGAUAUGGGCUUCGCAGAAAGCUACAUGUUGGGAGAAGUCUCCUCUCCCGAUCUAACCAAGUUCUUUGAGCUAUUUAUCCUCAACCGGAAUCACCUUUCCAACGGCUCGACACUCACAUCAGCAAUCUCCACGGGUCUAGCUGGCCUAGUCCGUGGCAGCAACAACCUGAAAAAUGCUCGCCUCAAUAUUGCCGCCCAUUACGAUAUUUCAAACGAAAUGUUCGCCGCUUUCCUCUCCCCAGACAUGACAUACUCGAGCCCGAUAUGGCUGCCGAAAUCGAACCCCAAGUCCGAAAACGAGACCCUAUACGAUGCGCAAAUGCGAAAGCUCGAUCGCUUCAUCGACAACACACAUAUAAAAGGCAGCGACCACGUACUCGAGAUCGGAACUGGCUGGGGCAGCUUCGCGAUGCGAGCGGUACAACGUACGGGCUGUAAAGUGACUUCAUUGACACUUUCAAUUGAGCAGAAGGAGCUGGCAGAAGAGCGAAUACGGGAAGCAGGCAUGUCAGACAACAUCACAGUCCUCCUCUGCGACUACCGCAGCCUACAACCCCCAGAAUCAGGCGCAUUCGACAAAAUCGUGUCAAUCGAGAUGCUCGAAGCCGUCGGCAAGGAAUACCUAGUCACAUACUUCAAGUGCGUGGAUAAGCUUCUCAAGAAAGAAGGCGGAAUCGCGUGUUUCCAGUGCAUUACCAUGCCUGACGGCCGCUACGAAGCCUACGCUAAAUCCGAUGACUUCAUCCGCCGCUACAUCUUCCCUGGCGGUCAUCUCCCUGCGGUCUCCGAGCUCGUAAGCUCCAUCCAAACCGCCUCAGCGGGCUCGCUCGUUGUCGACAGCGUCGAGAACAUUGGCCCGCACUAUGCCAAAGCGCUACGCCUUUGGCGCGAAUCUUUCCUGGAAAAUUGGAACGGCACGAUCAAGCCGCAACUCAUCAAAGAGAAGGCAGACCAGGGCAUGGACGACGAAGGUGCGGAGGUGUUCAAGCGCAAGUGGGAUUACUAUUUCCGGUACUCGGAAGCAGGCUUCUCGACGAAGACGCUGGGUGAUGUUAUUAUUACCGUGGGCAGGGAAGGCGCUGUGCAGAUGAUGGAGGACGUGCCGUUGUAAGAAUUCGGGGAAGGCGAUGUCCGGAGGCUGAUGUGGUGCCGGUACCUGCAUAAUGAGUUUACGCGAUACUGCUUUUGGCGCGGAGGGCGAAAUGGGUACAUACGACACUGCUAGGUAGUCCUGCAUUAUACCCAAAUUUAGACGAUGAGUUACACUCA